AUGCCCGCUGGCCUGGGCGUCCUCCUCCCGCGCGACUUCCUCGAGCGGCAGCCGGAGCGCUGGAAAAAGUCGCAGCGCAAGCGCGGCGCGCUCCGCCAGCUCGCACGCAUCAACCAGCGGCGCGAGAGGCUGGAGGCCAAGGCGAUCCGGAACGCGGAGCGCGACGCGGCGCGGCAGCUCGCGAGCCGCGAGGAGGCGGUGGCGGCUGCGGGCGGCCGGCCCGCCGGGCCGCCCCCCUCGCACUGCACUCCCUUUGGGCCGCAGCGCAGCGGCCUCUGGGCAGCCGAGCUGCAGCCAAACCAGCCGCUCGUGCUCGCGCUGCCCGAGGGCGUGCGGCUGCGGCUGCUGCGAGCCUCAUUCGCGGGGCCGGCCCCGUCCUCGUCGCAGACCACGCUGCGCUGCCGCGUCCCAUCCAGCACCCACGUGGCCACGCUCUGCGUGCUCCGCGGUGGCGGAGGCGGCGGCGGCGGUGGCGAUGGCGGUGGCGAUGGGUGCGGCGCGGUGGCGGCGGAGUCCGGCUCGCGGCCACUGCGCGCCGAGUUCAGCUUCUCGGACGACCGCGUCGCUCUCGCCGCGGAGGGUGCCUCCGUCGUCCACUUGCUCGGCAGCUACUCGUUCACCUCGCAGAGGGCGGCCGAGGCGGCAGCCGCCGGGACGGCACCGGCGGCGGGCGAGGCGGCGGGCGCUGCGCGGGGUGGGACGCAAAAGGGCCAGUCCUCGCGGGCACAGAAGCCAGACGACGCCGCCGCACGCGAGCGCGCUUGCGCGAGCGCGGCGGGUGGUGGCGGCGGCGGCGGCGGCGAGGGCGGCGGAGGCGGAGAGGGAGGCGGAGGCGGAGGCGGAGGCAGAGGCGGAGGCGGAGGCGGAGGCGGCGGGGCAGACGCGGGCGGCGGCCAGGGCGGCGGCCAGGGCGGCGGCCAGGGCGGCGGCCUGAUGGAGCUCUCUAGCGGCCUGCGGUACACAGACACCGUGGUCGGCAGGGGGCGUGCUGCGGCGCGCGGAGACCGGCUCGGCAAGCCCUCGCGCCAGGAGAGGGCUGGGCCUGGCUGGGCGGGCGGUGUCAAGUUCGAGGGGAUGGCGUCGCACGGGCCCGGGGACUGGCGCGUCUUUGACGACAACAAGGGGAGGCAGCUCCACUUCACGCUCGGGCGCGGGGAGGUGCUGGCCGGCUGGGACGCGGGCCUGCUCGGCAUGCGCUGCGGCGGCACGCGCAGGCUCAUCGUCCCGCCCUCGCUCGGCUACGGCGCGCGCGGCGCCGGCCCGGUGCGCCUCCUCAACGUGCAGCCCGACCUGACGCAGCACUGA